UCAGUACAGCGGUGGAAACAAAUGUAAUACUUGAUGGUAUAAACAUUGGUGUAUGUUUAUUACACUUUGAAUCAAUUUUUGUCCAAAAAUACCAUAAAGCAAUGUCACAAUGCUAUCGCAAGCCGAUAGAUGCCGGUUUUGUGAAAUCAUAACUGGAUAACUUUCGGAUCCUUAUUCCUGUGCAGCUUCUUUGUAUUCUAAAAUGGCGACCUCUACAGAGUCUGAGAUAGAACAGAAGCCUCCACCUCAAGAAUAUGCAUAUUUACCACCACCAAGAGAAGAACUUGGCUAUUACCAAGAGGGUUUGAAAGAGAAGUUUAUCAGGAAAACGAAGGACAAUCCAUUUGUUCCUAUAGGUGUUGCCAUGACAACCCUUGCCCUAACAUAUGGUCUGUGGCAAAUGAGGACCGGGAACACACGUCGAUCACAGACCAUGAUGCGAAUGAGGAUUGGUGCCCAAGGGUUCACUUUGUGUGCCGUGUUGGGCGGGGUUUUCUACAGCGCCAUGAAGGCCAAGAAGAAGCCUGCGAACUGAUGUACAUGAUAUUCAAGACUGUUCACAGUGUGUAGAUGUGCGGUUGUAAUCAUUGCACCUCUCAAACACAUGGAAUAUUGGCAUUGAAGAGGGGCUUGUAAUUGUAAUUUAUAGACUUGGUAUUAUAACAAGCCAUAACUUUGAGAAUAUAUAUUACAAAAAGAAA